AUGCCCUCCUUCACAGAGCCUGAGCAUCAGUCGCAAAGUCUGCCCUUCGAGAAGCCGACGCCACGUCCACCCAGGUCGCCAACAGUAGCCAAGAAUAUCCGGUCUCGAAACCGUCGUCGAGAGUAUCUAGAGAGACAUCCAAAGUACUUUUCUGACGCUGAGCACGAGCUGGCAGACCCCCUACUAUAUGACAGCUUGGUUCGCAAAUUCCAGACACCAGCCGAGCGUGAGGUCGAAGGCAAGGCCAAGGGCUACUCUGGAGUUCUAGAGAGCUCCCUGCUCAGGGGCGAGGCUCGUCUUGCCGACUUGAAAUCAUCAACUGAUGACACUACAACGUCGGAGCCCGCGAGAGAUUUCACAACUGAAGUCGAUCUUUCCAAAACAAAGACAAAGGAAGAGGGCCUUCAGAGAUGGCAUGAGUUUCUCACGGAACGUUUUGUCCGAGGCCACGACGAGGAUUUCGAUUACAGUCUGAUCGACGACAACGAAGACUACGACGUCAUGGAGAGACGUGAUGCCGAGGAAGCCUGGUUCGAUGAAGAGGAUCCCGAGUGGGCCAGCGAUGCAGACGAGGGAGCCCAAACCACACGGGGCCAAACCGGCAUUCAGGACUUCUGA